AGCAAAUUUGUGCGAGUACGUCUGAGGCAUAUCUUCCACGGCAUCCUUCUCACACCAGAGGACAAUUUCAGGAAUCCGGUAACGUGGAUGCUGAAUCAUUAGUGGCGGCACACGUUGAUCCAAGGGAAAACCUAUUGAUGCCUACGUCUUCCGAACCGCCCACAACUCAAUCAAAUGGUGGUCUGAACUGGCUGGUCGCCGAGAGCGGGUUCCUAUCGCCAAGAAACCGGCGCUCUGUAGUGUCUCCUCCCAACGCACCAUCAACUCCUGGUAAAUCUCUCACCACGCGUACGACACGUCAAACUGUCGUCAACCAUCCCUUGCCCCAGACAUCUUCCGUUUCGGCUAAAGUCACUCUACAAUCACUUGGCCUUGCCUUGGACGAUUUUGUUUGCAUUGGUCCUGGGUGCACCACUGACUCCAUUAAUCCGGAUGGUUCAUCAGCUGCGGUGACCAUCGGUAGCCGCAUUGGUCGCCUUCGCUACUGUGGUCCGGUUGAAUUCGCCUCUGGCAUUUGGGUAGGCGUGGAGCUAGAGAAGCCCCUGGGGCGCAAUAAUGGAUCUGUGUCUGGGGUGCAAUAUUUCAAUUGUGCGCCUUCUCACGGCUUAUUCGCUCCAAUUGGUAGAGUGUACAAAGCAGUGAACGAAGGUUCCUCACAGAUGUGGCACCCAGUUCAUCAGAGCAAGAGACCUCCUUCGGCGCCCAGAUCAAGACCACCAACUCCAAAGCAGGAGCAUCCAGGGGUCACGGCGACCUCUGGCACCGGAGAUACAAGCCCCCGUUGUUUUGUUCCUAAUUCAAGGUCCAGUUACUCUCUAUCUAGUUGUCCAGAUUCAAGCCAACCGCGCGUCACAUCCCCGACUAAUCAUCCGAUUGAUGUUUCUCACGUUACAGCCAAGGUUGACACAGGACUUCGAACCCAUUCUGCGGACAAGAACGGCGCUCCCCAGUUGGAGAUCGGAAACCGCGUUUUGGUCGCAGGCCAACGAAAAGGAAUCCUCCGUUUUAUUGGCCCCACGCAAUUCGCACCGGGCACUUGGUACGGAGUGGAACUAGAUCAACCACUGGGCAAAAACAACGGAUCGGUUUCAGGGGUUCGGUACUUCCAGUGCCCCAUUGGCCAUGGUAUCUUCGCCUCUCGCGAACGAAUUCAACGGCUACCUGAUCGUCCUAGCAAGUCUCGUGACAGCCCAAGCGCUUUGCUCAAACAUCAUUCUUCUAUGUCGGAAUCUUUUCAUGGUGGUGAGCCCGACCGCCGUAUCACAACACACGGUCCGAGUCAUCGAAUGGCCUGGUCGACAACGACGUCACCUAUGAUCGGCAGAGCUGUGGUUGGUCGACCCACAUUGCCUGCCGAACUACUGAAAGUCUUGCAAAACGCAGUCACGCGUAGCGAACAGGUUCAUCGUGCGUCACAGGAGCCUGCCUUUUAUAUCACAGAAGGAAUGCAAGUUUUGUGCGCGGGUGAAAUAGGAACUGUUCGAUAUAUCGGACCAAUCACGUUUGCCGACGGUAUUUGGUUGGGUGUUGAGCUGCGCAAACCACGAGGACGUCAUGACGGAAGUGUUGCCGGCAAGCGAUACUUCCACUGUCGCCCCGGUCAUGGUCUCCUUGUUCGGCCCUCUCGUGUAUCUUGUCGCGGCAUUAAUGCUGUUAACUUGUUGCCUCCUGCACUGGCGGCUAUGGAACAAGAGUUGAUGGCCAAGCGCCAGACCCCAACAGAGAAGCGGUCACAAUCAGACGUAGCCUCCAGCGAUGUGUCGUCCGUCGUUGCCUCUUCGUCUUCAAGUAGGCGAAGCAGCUACAAACAUUCUCCUACGUGAUUGAUGCGCGGAAUACUUGCCACCCGUUAAUGUGCAAUGUGGACAGUGUUUCUUCAUCUUACUUUGCAAUAGUUACACUUGACUAGUGCUAAUCUGAUCACUAUUCAUCUGCGCGCACAGUUUGACUUCUUUCCAUAUUUCAUUUUUGUUUUUUUUCGCCUACUUAUGUAUUGCAUUUUUGAUGAGCGUUGUACAUUUCUUGCUGUUGUGUCGUAGGUCUGUUCGCACCUGUUCUUCUUACGCCCCAUUGAUUGUCAACUUUUUGCGAAUCAACUUUGUUACUGUCAUCUCAUUCGUGAUUGAUGCUGAUGGUGCAAUUGAUUUUGUUUUCUUAUGACCCCUCAUAUCAAGGUCAAUAUGACGUGAUUUACACUGAUUCA